AUGGGAACAGAUGGUGUGCAGCCCACGCCCAAGCCUCGUAGUAACAAUAGGUACGCGCAACGCGCUGGAAGUAUCAGACGCACCGUGAGCGGUGGAACGCCGACCACACCCACCGUCUCCGAGGUUGAGGAAUUGACGUCAAAGAUAACGCUCGAUAAAUGUGAUUUGCAGCAGACCGAGAAGCUCCGACAAGAGGGCAACGAGCUGUACGGAAAGGGGUUGUACGCCGAGGCAGACGAGUUGUACAGUAGAGCAAUCAUGCAGUUCGCGGCGGCGCCAAGAACAAACGCCGGGUUCGACAAAGAUAAUGAGAGUCCUUUGGGGCAUGCGAUUGAUAUAUUCGUUGGACGCGAUGCAGCCGUUUUAUUAACCAACAGGGCGGCCGCGAGAAUGAUGAUUCCGACCGAUUCCACUCCAGACGACGAGCGGCGAACAUUUCUGCUCAAGGCACUCACAGACUGCGAACGCGCUACGCGAGCAGAUCCAACGUACUUGCGGGCACGCGUGCGAUUGUCGUCGUGUCACAUGAAGCUCGGUGAUUUCACCGCCGCUCUACAAUGCUUAGAAGACAGUCCAUCUUCUGACGAUAUCGAAAUGGAACACGUAAAGGUGGAAGCUAAAGCGGCAAAUGAGAAUUUAAACAAGGUUCUCUCGUCCGCGCUCGCGCUCGGGACGUGCCAACCCGGUCUCCCUCGACUAUACAACGACAGUCGCGCGCGUGUUCUGAAUGAUACACACACGGGCAUCGUGCGGAGUGUUUCCGCACUCGCCCACUACCCUCUCAUUUCAUCCGGUGAGAAUGGAAAGGCGUUCAUCGAGGCAAAAGCGACUCUCUACAUCGUAUGUGGAGCGUACCAGGAAGCGAGUGACUUCGUGGCGGAGAUCGAUCGUCUUGGGCUCACAAACGAUUCAUGGGUAUCGGACUUUGUCUUCAUGUCGAAAUUUGGUAAAGGCGACCCAUUGUCAGCAUGUCAGUACGCGGAAGGACUGGAAAAAUGCGACAUUGACGUGGAGAUGCUCGCGAUGGCGCGCGCAAUGCUCAAUGGCAAGGACGAGGGCAACAAACUAUUCAACGCUAAGGAGUACACUGAGGCCGUCGUCGCGUACACGAAGGCGUUUGAGUUCGGCACGCAACCCAUAGCGGCGGCUUAUUGCUCCGUCAUCCUCGGCAAUCGAGCCGCAGCAUAUCAAGGCUUGAACGAAUAUCUCAACGCCUUGGCCGACUGUGGACGAGCGUUGUCCUUCAAUCCGUGGAACAUCAAGGCGCUAAGUCGACGUGCGACGUUGCACGAGAGCAUAAGAUGUUGGGAAGAUGCGAUAGAUGACUUGCGUUCGUACAUUGAGAUUGCUGGUAACGCGCAGUACUCGCUGUUCUCAACGGAGCGUGAGCGAAAAGACGCCUUGGCCAUGGCGACAGACCGACUGCGACGACUCGAAACCAUCAAAGACACGCAGAGAAACUCGCAGGUAGACAUGUACCGCAUUCUUGGACUCGAAGAUCUGAAGGAGAACGCAUCAGCGGCGGAUAUCAAGAAGGCUUAUCGCAAUUUGGCGCUCAAGUAUCACCCGGACAAGGCAAAUCGAAGCAUGCCCGCGUGGGCGCCCGCUCACGAGUUGCACGACGAUGCUGAUCGUCUCUUUAAGCUCUUGGGCGAGACCAACGCAAACUUGAGCGAUCCAGCGCUUCGCCGCGUCUACGACGAGACUGAACGCAUUCGCUCCCACGGCGAUAAUGCCAGAUACACGAGAUCGAGCUCUUGGUCCUCCGCGUCGACCAACGACUUUCAAUACGGCCACGACGCGGCGGCAUGGAUGUCCUCCCCGCCUCGUCGAAGCCGCAACUCCCGCAUGAACCGCAACCAAUCGACCGGGAAGAAUUAUUACUGGAACUAUUAA